UUUGCUAUUUGAAACAAAAGCUCAAUUUUCUAAUCUGAUCUCACCAGUCAACAUUACCUUCAAAAAGCGGUAACCGAUUUGUCACACAGGUUUCAGAUUUUACAGUCUAGGUACCACUCCUAUAAGCAAGACCUAUCCUUGUCCCGACAUGGGAAUGUCGGUAUUUCUAUAAUUAACCUGCCGCUACAUUGGCUAAGCAACGUGCUACUGCUGUCUAUAUAUGGGUUGCCUAUAGUCACCACCAUGAGGUGACUGAUUUGAGAAACGCAACCGGUCUAGUGCCCAGAGCUGGAACCAGUGAUCUCGGAUGGAAAAUUACACCGACUAUCUGGCAUUUAAUCCACAAAGCCGGUUCACUUUAAUUCAACGACAAAAUCAACAAUUCACGAUCCUAAAGCAAAAAGCGUAGACAAGCUUUGUAAUUGGGACAAAAUAGAACAGGUCCAUGUACGUGACGCAGAUCACAUCCAGUUUGUUCCUGGGCAGUGCGGAGUCUGCCAUGGACCAGACGCUGGUCUCACGGAAGCACAUCACGCUCAUCAUCAAUGCCACAGUGACACACACCUGCCCUGUGUACCGCGGUGUGGAGUGCAUCCGCAUUGCCGUCCCAGACCUCCCGCACGCCCGACUGGGGGACCACUUUGAGAGGGUCGCUGACCGUAUCCAUAACAACCGAGCAGGCAGCACACUGGUCCACUGUGCAGCUGGCAUGAGUCGCUCACCUGCCCUAGUCAUGGCCUAUUUAAUGAGGUACAGGGGGGUGACCCUGAGGCAGGCCCACCACUGGGUCCGUGACCGACGCCCCCAUAUCUGCCUCAAUGCUGGCUUCUGGCGUCAGCUGCUGCAAUAUGAAAAACAGCUAUACGGCAAAAACAGCGUGAGGGUGGCCACUUCGCCCAGGCUGCAGGAGGCCAAGAGCCUGCAGGGCGGCACUAGAGCCCACUUGUGGCGCUGAGUUAACAGGGUUUUCCCCUCAUGCCUGUUCAAGCUGAUCAGGUAUGAUUAAGAAAUGCUCCGCCAUGGUGGACUUCUGCUCAGAUUAACAAGCCUCACAGCUCUUUCACAACAGAGGUUUUAACCUCAGACACAAUCCAGAGGACGCACGUCUAGUACCAG